AUGCUUUCAGCUAAAAUCCUAGUAAUUGUGGCCGUGUUGGCCAUCAUGACCUAUACGGUGGUGGCCGAUCCAAUUGCCGAACCCGAACCUAAGCCAAACCCUAAGCCAAACGAUAGGACACACGAUUAUGGUGCGCACGCCAGGGGCAAUCCCUCUGCCAAUUCCAGAGCCGAUCCAAUGCCAAAUCUGGUGACCACUUCACUCACUGACAGUCCAAAUAUGAACAGUACUUAUGGCGUGAAUAACAGUAAGGAUUCCGUUGACAACACCGGCAAUGGAUUGACUACAACUACAACACACCUCUGCCCACACCAUUCGAGAAAGUGUCGUCUGAGCCGCUAUUUGGGUGUCCUAUUGUUGAUCGCAUUAUUGGCCAUAAGUAUGGCGUUUGUGGCGUUCGCUAUAUUUUACGACGAGAUCAUUGAUACACUUGUGCCCACACAACAGCCAAACGACACGUAUAUAACUUAUGCCGAUUGGGGAACAAUUGGGUCGCAAAUGAUAUUUGUCCACAAAAAUGACAUUUACUAUAAAUCCGAUGCAAACGCAGCGCCGAUAAGACUUACAAAUACGGGCAAAGAUAUGGUUAUAUAUAACGGAAUACCCGAUUGGCUGUACAGACGAGAGAUAUACUCAAACUCGCCGAAAAUGUUUUGGUUAUCACCGGUGGGAACAAAGUUGGUCUACACCACCAUCGAUGACAGCGGUGUCGAUUUAAUGACCUGGCCAUUCUAUAGCACAGGCAAAUUGGCCCAGGGUUAUCACAAUCAAUACCCUAAAAUUGAAAUGGUCAGGUACCCGAAAGUGGGCCGACCCAACCCUACGAUUGCUCUUUAUUACAUCGAUUUGACUCAAUUGCGUGAUUAUAACGACUCGAUCGGUAAACUGGCCGUACAUUUAAAGCCACCCAAAGUUAUCACAGACUAUGGCUAUUUUACGGCAACGUUUCCUUCAAAUCCGGGAGAAAAGCAUUUAAUGAGCGCUCCGUUAACCCAAUCGUCGGCGGCGGCGAAGACAGAGCCCGUGUGUCACACGUGUCUUAUCAACACAUAUAACACCGAUAAGGAUAACACAUGUCUGGUCUCUGAGGCCACGUUCAGCAAAGACGCCAACCAUUAUAUCCAUCACUGUUUGGGACCUAAUAUUCCCCGAUCGGUGAUCAGGCGGACAGUCGACGACCGCUUACUUUAUACAAUCGAAGACAAUAAACGCCUGAAUAAUAAACUCAAAGACUUAUCGGUUCCCAAAACCAUUUUCAUGAAGGUUCCGGUCGGACGCUAUCAGAUUGAUGUACAGCUUUUUGUGCCGCGAUAUUUUGAUAGCGAAUCAAAACAAAAAUAUCCGUUAGUUUUCAACGUUUACGGCGGACCCGGAGCUGAGAGCGAAUCAGUUUCGCAUAAAUACUUUUACAAUCAAUUCGGCGCUUAUUUGGUCUCAAAUAAAAGCGUAAUCUAUGCCUAUCUGGACAGCAGAGGUGCCCCCAAUCGCGGCCAACAAUUCAUGUUUGAAAUCUAUCGCCGAUUCGGUACCGUUGAGGUCGAAGACACGAUAGCUGUGGCCCGUUAUUUCCGCGAUAAAGUGCCAUAUGUCGAUUCUAACUCUAUAGCCAUAUGGGGCUGGUCUUAUGGUGGAUAUUUGACCAUAAAGGUAGUGUUGGCUAAUGCCACAAAUAUUCUUGACCUUUUACCCUCAGGGGUUAACCCUUAUAAAAGGUUAACCCUGUGGUUAAUUUGCCAACACUACACAAAGGUAUUGCAAGACGAUUACAGCGACCCUGUAUUCAGUUGUGGUGUAGCGGUGGCGCCGGCGACCGAUUGGAUGUAUACGGACUCUGUAUAUACUGAACGACAUAUGGGUUUCCCCACACCUGAAGACAAUCUGCAAAACUAUCGCUUGUCGUCGACAUUGGAUAACGUGAAGCGUUUGAAUGGCAAACACUUUUUGCUUGUAUUCGGCACCGCAGACGUCAUUACACACAACAUUCAAGCGAUGAUGCUUUUGAAGGCUAUGAAUGAGGCGAAUGUGAAAUACCAAACACAGGUAUAUCCCGAUCAGAGACACGGUUUGCAGCAAUCAAUGGCACACAUGUAUACACGAAUGACCGACUUCUUUGACCAGUGUUUCAAUCAUAACAUCAAACAUAAAUGA